UAUGUUGGGUUGGUGCCGUUACUAUUGUGAGAUCUUUCUUUCAAUACUAUUGGCAUCUAACAACCGUACUCGUGCUGAGACCAACAGUGAUCUGUCAAUUGUAAACGUCCACAAUAGAAACUGUUUCUUGUGAAACGAGACAAACCAGAGUAAAUGCUGCGCCGCCAUCUUGUUGUUCUUCUCACUGCACUGGCAGUAAUCUCGGCACAAAAGUUUAAAGAUGGGGUGCGAAAGCAAGAAGACCGUUUUGCAGAUCCUUGUUCUGCCGCACGGUUUGAGUAUGACAUCGCAGUUGAUCGCCAAACUCUGAAGUUGGCGGUUUCAUCCAACCACGACAAGCAUGGCAGAGAUAGACGAGCCGCCAUUGCCUAUGCUGACCGUCUCUGGCCUCACGGUGUUGUUCCCUACGAGUUUGAUAGCAAGUCAGCAUACUCAUUUGCUCAGGAGGCAAUUGUGUUACGUGCUAUUAGACACUGGGAGACUCGCACUUGUCUCACUUUUAUUCCUAAGCGACCACGUGACAGAAAUUAUGUUUCUUUCUACAAAGGCAGUUGUGGGUGUUGUUCAUAUGUCGGAGUUCAAGGAGGAAAGCAAGGCAUUUCUGUUGGAGCUAAGAUGUGGCAGCAUAUUGGCACGAGGGUCAGGAAGUUUCUCUCCUCCAAAGAACAGCACCUCAAACACAUGCAUUUGGCACAUCCGUGCCGAGAGGGGCUACUACAUUUCAUUACGAAUCAAGACAUCUGAGUUGGGAAUGAUGGUUGAUGGUCGUUGUCAGUUACCUUAUGUUGAGGUAAAAAACUACGUUACAUCAAAUGAAACAAAUCAUUAUUGUCAACAAGUUGAAACUUACAUUGUUCUUCAAUCGCCUGGUUCCCAACUUUAUGUGUCAUACACUCGAAACACCAGUAAUUCAGGGAAAACAUUCACUGCAUCUUACACAACAUCAUGCAGCAAAAGUUUUACAAGUGCCGUUGGUAUUCUACAAUCACCAUUGUUCCCGAGCAGUUAUCCUGCAAAUGGGCAGUGUCAAUGGGUAAUUACUGGACAGGGUAAAAUCAAUGUCUCAUUUGCUGCAUUUGAGAUGGAAUCCCAUUUUAAUUGUGGUUACGACUAUCUUGAGCUAAGAGAUGGUCCAGACAUUAGCUCUAAGUUGUUAAAAAGAUUGUGUGGUAGCUCACAUCCUGCACUAUUAAGUACAACUGGUAACCAGCUUUUUAUUCGCUUUAAGUCUGAUAGAGCUGUGCAGAAAUUAGGAUUUAGUAUGCGAUGGGAAUCAGAUGCAGAUGAAUGUGCUAAAGACAAUGGUGGAUGUGAUGAUAAUUGCAUCAAUUUGUUUGGAAGCUACAAGUGCACAUGCAGACUUGGCUAUCGUUUAGCAAGCGACGGACAUCGCUGUCUGCAUGGCUGUGGUGGUGUCCUAACAGGAUUGUCUGGAGUUAUCACAUCACCCAAUUACCCAAGAUAUUAUGUUGACAACAAACUGUGUGAAUGGCAAAUUCGUCUACCAAAUAGUGCAAACGUUAUCCUAUCGGUCACAGAGUUUGAUGUGGAAACAGGAGGUUCUCACUGCAUCUAUGACAGGGUAGAAAUAUAUAAUGGAUCAGCACCACAUCCUAUUGGCCAAUAUUGUAAUGGACACGAGAUGCCAAAAAACACCAAUUUAGGAAAUGUAGUACGAAUAGUAUUCAGGACAGACGGUUCAACCGUUCGUAGAGGAUUCAAGUUGACUUAUCGUUCAAAGGGCGUCGACAAGUGCAAGAAUAAGAAUGGCUACAGACUAAAUCCGGAUGGUCGGACAUGUACCGUUACAGAUCCUUGUCUUGUCAACAAUGGCGGCUGUCAAAUAAUAUGCCGAACUAAAACUGGAGGGCAUGAAUGUGGAUGUCCAUCUGGAUAUAAAUUGAAUUCAGAUGGACAAACAUGCACAGUUACGAACCCGUGUGUUGUCAGCAAUGGAGGAUGCCAAAUGAUAUGUAGACACUCGCCACCUCGUAGCCACGCUUGCAGCUGUCUAGAGGGGUAUAAACUCAAGUCAGAUGGACGUUCAUGUUCAGAUAUAGACGAGUGUGCUCAAGGAGAACACAGUUGUGAUUAUAGCUGUAUCAACACGGCCGGUAGCUUUCAUUGUGGUUGCCCAUCUGGUUAUCAGACGCUGUCUCCUAGUGGUACAUCCUGCUUUGAUAUUGACGAAUGUGCAUCCUCACAGCUCAACACUUGCCCUCAGAAAUGCACUAACAAUAAAGGGGGAUUUGAAUGCUCUUGUUAUCCUGGCUACAAGAUAAACAAGAAAAGAAACUGCGAACGUAUCAACUACUGUAAAUCUAGUCGUUGUGAGCAUCGAUGCCGAAAUCUGGAAACGUCAUAUCGAUGCGAAUGCUAUGAUGGAUACAACCUGACAUCAGAUGGAGAGCAUUGCAGGGAUUAUAACGAGUGCGCAGCUCCUGAUAUGGGAGGCUGUUCACAUAUCUGUAUCAACUAUGACGGUGGCUACAACUGCACCUGUCCAUCAUCUGGUUAUGUUUUACGGAAGGAUCUAAAAUCAUGCUACCGUAUGGUGCUUGCUAGUGUUUAUAAACUCAAUCCUUGA